AUGACGACUGGUGACACUACUGGCCGGGAGGCGGGAAUAGCGGCGGGCAGAGGCAGGGCAGUGCCGAUGGCGGGGGACCGCAGGGGUUUGCUGACGAAAGGGGGCCGUAGGGUGGUUACUGGUGGUAGGGGCUGUAGGGAGGUGUCGGCGGGGGUCGGGCUGGUGGGGGCCGGCGGGGCCGGACUGAUAGGACCUACAGGCCGUACGGUGGGAGGACUGAUAGGUCAGGCGGCGGCGGGCCGGGUAGCCAACAACACAGGGAGGCAGUGGUCGGGCGGCGGGAAGGCUAGGGAGCUGGGCGCCUGGCGGUGUAGCGGGGCCAGGCUGGGCAGUGGCAGCAGAGCCAGGCGGAGCGACGGGGCUAGGCUGGGUGGCGCGCGGGGAUCGGGAUCUGCAUGGCUAGUGGCGGCUGGAGACUGGGAGCUACAUGGCCGGCGGGGGCCGCAGGGGCUAGAUUGA